CUUGCUCCAUGAUUUAAUGAAACGUACAAGCUUGGGAGCUUUGCGCGGGAGCGGGGGGUUAGUGUGAGCACUAACUACAACAAAUGAUUUCAAACCAUUUUUUUGAAGGCCAGGGGGGCAGGGCCCGUCGCCCCCCCCCCGUGGAUCCGCACCUGAGGGGAGAGGUUUUUUUUUGUUAAUUUAGUUUACAAUAAUUCAAUCAAACCUGCUUUAGUGAUCCACCUGUAUAGAAGAACCACCUGUCUACGAAGAACAUAUUUUCCCCUUGAAAAUGGUUUCUCAUUGAACCAUGUACUAAAGUAACCUGUACAUAACGACCACCUGCCUAUAAAGACCACUUUUCUUGUCUCCCUUUGGUGGUCUUUUCAGACAGGUUUCGCUGUAUAAUUCUAGUUUGAAAGGGGCAUAUAACAUAUAUUUGGCCACCAGACGCAGGGCAAAAUGAGAUCGAAUUUUUAUAGGGCGAGCACUUUUAGGACGAUAAACCUCGACCUGCUUGUUUGUCAAAAGUCGGUGGGAAUUCCCAGUUCCUAAAAAAAGAAUGCCAACUAAAAUACAUACAUUAUGACUGGUGCAAUACUACAUCUUAAAUGCAAAUAGUAUACAUUUUUACUGGUUGCAUGUAACACCUAGACCUCUUUGUAGUGACGGAAAAAGUGAAUUCGAAUCAUGGCUGAGGCAUCAAAGAAUGUCAUUGCUCAGAGUGUGGAGUGUCCUGUAUGUCUGAAAACCUUCACCGAUCCCAAGAUCCUGUCUUGUUCUCACUCCUACUGCAAGACCUGUCUGGACAACCUCUUGAAAUGCCAUAGUAACGACCAGGUGCUCCGAUGCCCUGUCUGCCGAGCUGAAACCCAGGUCCCUAACCAAGAUGUCAGCAAAUUACCGGCAAAUCUAGCUUUGAAGUCUCUCAUAGAAGACGUGAAGAAUCAACAUCAGUUUUGCACGAAUUGCGAAUCCGAGGACAAGCCUCAAGCUGUUGUCUACUGUCAGGACUGUGGAUUGUGUCUCUGUAUCACUUGCCACAACAAACACUCUCAGUGGCCAGACUUCAUCAGUCAUGAAGUCUUAGCCAUGAGUGAGAUCCGAUCAGGGAAGGUGUCAGUAAGUAGGUACCGUAAAUGCAGGAAACAUCCUAAAGAGGAUGAGGAGUGCUUCUGCUCCGACUGCAGGAGAUUUGCCUGCUUCGCGUGCGCUGCCAAGGAGCAUACGAACGAAGGACAUUUGGUCAUCGAGGCAGCUGUUUAUGAAAGCAACCAUAUGAAGAGUAUCGAGGACCUCAAAUCCAAGGUGGACAAAAAACGCUCUUGCUUUCAGAAAUACGUUGAUUUCAUUGAUGAAGAGAAGGAGCAUGUGAGCAAUGUUCAGAAGCAAUGUACAGAUGAUAUCGAAAAAGCAUUUGAAGAAUCAGUCUUCCAGUUGACAAAGAAAAAAGAAAUCCUCAUCGCUGGAGUCAAGGGUAGGACCGAAGGAGUAGAGAAAGAACUUGACAACAUGAAGAAAUCGGCUGAGGAGCAUAUCACUCACAUGUCCUCCUUAGGACAUGGGCACCGUUUCACGAGACCGUUUUAAGUACAAGUUCACCGACAUCUCAUUGAAACGUGUGUUAAUUAUAAUAUCCGCGAUUUCGAUGAACUUGAAGUUGCGACGGUUUCGGCUCUGCAAGGAGGAGGAGGAGUCCUUGUGUCUGGGGUAAUAACUUCGAUUUCCCGUCAUGGAUUGCUUUUUUUUCAAUGGAAACAGAAGAAGUCUAUUUUAAAGAAAGAUAUUUCAGAGGAUCUACCAAAUUGGCUUCAAACAAUAUAUUGAUAAAUCAAGAUCUCAAGCUAAUAAAGUAAACUAACAUAUAAGGUUUGAGGUUAAACAAAAGUCAACUUAAAGUUAUUCUUGCAAAAUAUUUCACUAAUUUCAUUUUUGUUUUUAAAUUUCAUCGAACCGUUAUAUAAUUUAAUGAACUGUGAUGUGAUUUUGUUGUUGUAGGAAUGAUUCGAUGUGAUCUGGUAACAUAUACAAUUAGCUUGUAAUUAAAUGUUCUUUAGGCCAACCACUUCUAAGGGUCACUUCCUUUCUGGCUGCUACCUAACAAACAACUUUGAUAUCCUAGUGCCAGUGUAUAUACAUGUAUUAUAUUAGUUUCAUUUAACGAUGUGUUAUCUCAUGUACGCGUAUGUAUGUUCUUUAAUAGCAAUGGUAAAUUUAAUUUAAUUUAAUUGCAACAAAACUCUAGUUAUUUAUACGACAUUACAAUUGUAUAUAGUUCAAAAUAUAUGUGUUCAUGACAUGUAUUAUAGAAUAGCAAAUAUGUGGUGUCUACGAGACAAUUUGCAGAGGAGGGGGGGGGGGGGGGGAGGCACGAGACAAAAUUAUCUGACGAACACCCCCUAUAAGGAAUUUAUUCCUUGAAACGCAGCGCGCGUAACAGCUGCACUGCUAAAGCCAGGGUAAUU